AUGGGCGACCAAUUUGACAACUUAGAAAAACACACACAGUGGGGAAUUGAUAUUCUUGAGAAAUACAUCAAAUUUGUAAAGGAGAGGACAGAGAUUGAACUCAGCUAUGCAAAACAACUCAGGAAUCUUUCAAAGAAAUACCAACCUAAAAAGAACUCGAAAGAGGAAGAAGAAUACAGGUACACGGCUUGCAAAGCCUUCCUUGCCACCCUGAAUGAAAUGAACGAUUAUGCUGGGCAGCAUGAAGUCAUCUCCGAGAAUAUGACCUCUCAGAUCAUUGCAGAGUUAGUGCGCUACGUCCAGGAACUGAAGCAGGAGAGGAAAUCGCACUUUCACGAUGGACGGAAGGCACAGCAACACAUAGAGACGUGCUGGAAGCAACUAGAAUCAUGUAAAAGACGUUUUGAGCGGGAUUGCAAAGAGGCUGACCGAGCCCAGCAGUACUUUGAGAAAAUGGAUGCUGACAUAAAUGUUACGAAAGCAGAUGUUGAAAAGGCACGACAACAAGCUCAAACACGUCAUCAAAUGGCAGAGGAGAGCAAAACAGAUUACUCAUCGAUUCUACAGAAAUUCAACCAUGAGCAGCAUGAGUAUUACCACACUCACAUUCCAAACAUCUUUCAGAAAAUACAAGAGAUGGAGGAGAGGAGGAUAGUGAGAAUUGGAGAAUCAGUGAAGACAUACGCAGAGCUGGACCGGCAGGUGAUUCCCAUCAUUGGGAAAUGCUUGGAUGGAAUCGUAAAGGCAGCCGAGUCAAUUGAUCCGAAAAAUGAUUCACAGCUGGUCGUAGAAGCUUAUAAGUCUGGGUUCGAGCCUCCAGGAGACAUUGAAUUUGAGGAUUACACUCAGCCUAUGAAACGCACUGUGUCAGAUAACAGCCUUUCAAAUUCCAGAGGAGAAGGCAAAUCAGAGCUCAAAUUUGGUGGCAAAUCCAAAGGAAAGUUAUGGCCGUUCAUCAAAAAAAAUAAGCCUCCCCCACCUCCCCCUGCCUCUGCCUCACCCUCUGCUGUUCCCAACGGCCCCCAGUCUCCCAAGCAGCAAAAGGAACCCCUCUCCCAUCGCUUCAACGAGUUCAUGACCUCCAAACCCAAAAUCCACUGCUUCCGGAGUCUAAAGCGUGGGGGCGCGACACCAGAAGAUUUCAGCAACCUCCCACCUGAACAGAGAAGGAAAAAGCUCCAACAGAAAGUCGAUGAAUUAAAUAAAGAAAUCCAAAAGGAGAUGGAUCAAAGAGAUGCCAUCACAAAAAUGAAAGAUGUCUACCUAAAGAAUCCGCAAAUGGGAGACCCCAGCAGUUUGGAUCAUAAAUUAGCAGAAGUCAGCCAAAAUAUAGAGAAGCUGAGACUAGAGACCCAGAAAUUUGAGGCCUGGCUGGCCGAGGUCGAAGGCCGACUCCCAGCCCGCAGCGAUCAGGCCCGUCGGCAGAGUGGGAUGUACGAGGCGCAGAACGCCCCCUCGGUCAACAACUGCGCGCAGGAUCGGGAGAGCCCCGAUGGCAGUUACACGGAGGAGCAGAGUCAGGAGAGUGAGGUCAAGGUGCUGGCCACAGACUUUGACGACGAGUUUGACGACGAGGAGCCCCUUCCUGCCAUAGGGACAUGUAAAGCCCUCUACACGUUUGAAGGUCAGAAUGAAGGAACCAUUUCAGUAGUUGAAGGAGAGACACUGUACGUGAUAGAGGAAGACAAGGGCGACGGGUGGACCCGAAUUCGGAGAAAUGAAGAUGAAGAGGGUUAUGUUCCCACUUCCUACGUUGAAGUCUAUUUGGACAAAAAUGCCAAAGGUGCUAAGACUUAUAUUUAAUACAACUUAAAAAAAAACACACACACACAAAACUUUAGAAUUGGAGUUGUUUCUCCCCACAUUCAUGACUCUUACAGGCAGUUCUUCAAAAGACUGGAUGGGGAGCAUCACGGUGCGUGU